GUCGGAACCUCCCCGCUCCGCAACACCCAUGUCGGCUCUUAGUGAGGCAUCUACACCGGCGCAUGAUGCGGCGUCGGCCAUGGACGCACAACAACUUCAUCAACUUCAUCAACACGCUGCUGAUGCUCAGCAGCAGCAACAGCAGCAUAGUCCCAAUGGCCCAUCGCCAGUCAACGAUUCCUCAGCAACCCGUAAAGCAAAAGCUCCUUCAGUAAGGCGUGCAUGUACUGCUUGUCAUACGGGUAAAACUCGGUGCAGCGAGGUAUUACCGUGCCAGAGCUGCUUAAAACGAGGUAUUGGCGCAACAUGCGCAUACCCAGAUCCUGAAAGUGACCAAAAUCAGUCGCAUCAAACUCCUGGCGUGUCUACAUUUGCACAGACACCCCUGGGAUAUGUGCAUGGAGCACCUACUCUCAGUCAGCAUCAAUAUUAUGAUUAUAAUGGCGCAUUUACUGGCGCUUCUUCAUCUACCUUUCGUCCGAACAAGCGGCCGCGUAAUCUCACAGAGGAAGAAGCAGCCGCCAUCACCAGGAAUUUCAGUCGUGGUGACUUUUUCGUUGGCACGAGCGCUCCUGUGCGUAUUGAUCCCCGUCUGCCAGUCAGACUCACACUAGGUGAAGGAGACCAUGUGCAUUUCAGUAUCACAGAAACUUUGACUUGAUUGAGCUAUCUCUUGCUGGAUUUAAAUCAAUUGGCUACUUCUUUCGUCCGUUUCUGAAUCAACAUCGUGUAUCAUUACAAUCGUCACCUCCACCUUCUGAUAUCCUGGCAUUAUGUUCAUGUACAUACAACUAUGUAAAGUGAGGGCGAUUCAAAAAUUCAUGGCGUGCAGC